ACGCCUUCAUCCCACAGCUUCUUACCCAGGUUUUCGCACCGCUUGCCCCGCAUCCCAACUCCCGACACAUCCCACAUCUCGCGACCCCCGCAUCGCCGCCCACGCAUAACUCUCAACCUCCAUCCUCCCCACCGUACAUCUCGUUCUCCGCGCCACACGCAAUGCCUCCCAAAAACAAAGGUAAAGCGAAAGACGCCUCGAAAGACGAAGGCGCGAAGAGCAGCAAAGGCAGCGGCAAACUCAAGCCGGCGACCAGCAUCAACGUGCGGCACAUACUCUGCGAAAAGCACAGCAAGAAGGAGGAGGCGCUGGAGAAGCUGCGCAACGGGGCAAAGUUCGACGAGGUUGCGCGGGAGAUGAGCGAGGACAAGGCGCGCCAGGGCGGCAGUCUGGGCUGGAAAACGCGCGGCAGUCUGCUUGCGGAGUUUGAGAAGGUCGCGUAUGAGCUGGAGCCUAGUACGACGGCGAGCCCCAAGUGGGGAGAGUGCAAGACGGGCGAGGGGUAUCAUGUUAUUAUGGUGGAAGGGAGGAAAUGAGGGAGGAUCGCAUAUUGAGAGCAUCGCGUUGAGUGUGGAUCUGUUCGGCGUAUGGGAUAAACUCCGGUUUUCAGUUAUGGCAGGGUUUCCUCCUUAGAGUGGAAUCACAAGCAAAGCAAACAUUACUCACGUCCUUAU